CUGGUAGUAUCUUUGGUUUCAGUCGGGGUAUCUUUUGAGGCAUGUGGCAAGCAUGUGGCCUUCUUAUUCACCUCUUUCGAUGCCUCCCUCUGCUUUCUCACAACAAAGAAGCAAGAUCCCUUUGUUCAUUAAGAACCAUCCAGCAAUUCCCUUAACCCACAAAACGGAUAUCCACCAUGAGCGCCGCUGUUACCCCUGGUGUGACGGUCACUGAAAAGAUCAACGAAGAUGGAAGCAAAACUGUGACGACUGUGACCAUUCACGAAGAUGGAUCCAAAUCGACCAAACGCAAGACCAUCCGGCCCAAAAAGCCCCGAGGUGGGACUUCUUCAACUCGCUCUCCCGCUCCAGCAGCAUCCAAGCCCAGUGGUGGUGGUAGCAUGGAAGAUGCCCUCGAAGAUGCUCUGUCGGGACACCAGGACGACGAAACCUUUGAAAACGCAGUGAAGCGUUGCAUUCCGUCGGAAUUCCUGUUGUUUGCCAGUCAGGAUGACGCGACACAGGCACAGGAAGCCCAUUAUGCGGCCAAGCUUUUCGAUCUGCCCAAUCCAAAGGGCCAAGCUGGAUCCGUCGCCACGUCGGCGUUGGUCCAGUAUCUUUAUCAAAACUACAAAUCUGUCGUGAGCGAUGGUGGCGACAAGCCCCUUUCCUGCUUGGCGGUACUCCAAGAAGUACAUGGCAGCAUGAAAAAGGCUGCAGGUCAGUUCGAUUUGCAGCCACAAAUCUCCUACAGUCGUCCUCUAGGACCACCUCGGUUGGGAUCCAAAAAGUAUGAGCCCUUUUAUUUGGUCCCACCCGGUUUCGAGGGCAAGCGUCGUGCCCUUCUCAUUGGUAUCUGCUUUGUGGAUGACGAACCCAGCAAGGUCCUCACGAGUCCUCACAAUGACGUGCAUAAUGUCCAGCAAUUCUUGGUUAACAAGUGCGGCUUUGCCAAGGACGAUAUGAUGAUUCUCACCGAUGGCGAGGGCGCUACGGCGGCACCCACCAAAAAGAACAUUUGGGCCAGCUUUCAAAAGCUCAUCGACGAGUCCAAACCCGGUGAUGUUGUCUUUCUGCAGUAUUCGGGACACGGCGGACGAAUGCUCCAGCCCGGCUCCGGCGACCUGUACGAUAGUUACAUCUUGCCGGCCGAUUACAAGACCGAAGGCCAAAUCUUGGAUGAUGACAUUCUCAAGGAUUUGAUCAAAGCCCUACCCGCCGGAGUGCACACGACAUUCUUGGCCGAUUGCUGCAACUCUGGAACUGUGGGCGACUUGCCCUACGUUCUCAAACCCACCACGACCCGUGACCAAGAGAUUGAACGUUUCUUUGAUACGGAUACUCGUGCCGAGAUUUUGGAGGCCGAAGCCAAGGGCAAACAAGAACGUGAGGAAUACGAACGUGCCAAGCUAGAGCGCAAAAAGCAGCGAGAACUCCGCAAGAUCGAGCAAGAGAAGGCAAAGGCAUCCGCCAAGGCCAAGGAGGAGCAGGAUGCCGAGGCGUUGGCGCAACAGUUGGUGGGAAUGAACACUGGAGGAGGGAUGCCGAUGAUGCAGAUGUCACCUCAAGCCAUGGGGGCUCCUCAGACCCACACCUACAACAUUACGGAUGAAAGUGAGGUGGCCGUGCUUUCCAAAAAACACGGUGUCGCCUUGUCGUUGUCUCCCGACCAGAAAGCCUGUUUGCAGCAGGGUGGAACCGUGACAUUGUCCUUUAUGACGCAGCAACCCCAACAGAUGCAAAUGAUGCCUCAACAGCAGCAAACGGGAAUGAUCAUGAUGACGCCCGAACAGGCAGAAGCCUUCAAGAAGGCCAACGGAGGCAACUUGAUGAUGACACCCGAGCAGGCUGCCGCUUUCAUGAACCAGCAGCAGGCUUCUUAACUUAAUUUAGAAAAGGGGGACAGAUUGACCCAGCAACAGCAUCGACACUUAUUGAAAGUCGAAUACAUGCUAUGCAUGAUAAACUAAACGCAGACACUGAUUUUGUGCGCGCGGUGUCGACGAUGGGCUCAAUGCAUUUUUGACCCCUCCAGCCAUGCCGGUACAGUGGAUACCUCGAAUCGGCGUGGCUGUACCAUAAGCCAUCCAGAUUCAAUACUGUAUCCAUAGUGGAUGAAUCGAAUCAGAAUCAUUGGCGUCGCCCCAUGUCCAAGGCUCUCUGGGAUCAUAGCUGAUCAUUCUCCAACUCCUCGAUCUCCUACACGUAUAAUAAAGUACCGGCAUUCUUCUUCAACACUCUUCACUCUUCAGCCCAGCCUGUCCUGCACACUGCACACU